AUGGAUCAGGAUAGCGACAACAACGAAAUGAGCGCAAAGUUCUCGACGCUCAACGUGAACGCACAAGAGUUUGUGCCCAGCUUUUGCAGUCCGAGCACAACGACGGCCCCGACACAGGAAGCGGCCGCCGCUACGCCGGUGGUAACGACGGCAGCCACUCCAGCGCCAACGGUGCCAACGUCGGCCACGUCGAGCGGCGGAAGCAGCAGCGGAGUGGGCGGUGCCGGUGGUGGUGGUGCCACCACUCCGACAUCAACAGCGGCCACACCAACGCCACCGUCCUCGUCGGCACCGACGCCCAUGGAGAAGGGCGACGAUGACGCGGUCAAAACUCCCGAAAACAAUGAAAGUGAACCCCUCGACAGCUGGGACGCCGAAGAGGACUCGAUCCUGACGCCCGAGGAUGAAGAGAUGGAGCUGGAGGAUGGCGAGAUGGACGGUGACGCGGCACCGAAAGUGUCGAAAAAGAAGCCACCCAAGGUUGAGGAAAGUCGAAGCAAAAAGGAACACGUGAACGUCGUGUUCAUUGGACACGUCGACGCCGGAAAAUCCACGAUCGGUGGACAGAUCAUGUCCCUGACCGGCAUGGUGGACAAGCGGACACUCGAAAAGUACGAACGCGAGGCACGUGAAAAAUCGCGAGAAAGCUGGUACUUAUCGUGGGCCCUCGAUACGAAUCAAGAAGAACGGGACAAGGGAAAAACGGUGGAAGUUGGUCGUGCCUAUUUUGAGACUGAAAAGAAGCAUUUCACCAUCCUCGACGCACCGGGACACAAGAGUUUCGUGCCCAACAUGAUUGGCGGGGCGGCCCAGGCCGAUCUGGCGGUGCUCGUGAUCUCCGCCCGGAAGGGCGAGUUCGAGACCGGAUUCGAUCGGGGUGGCCAAACGCGAGAGCACGCGAUGCUGGCGAAGACGGCCGGCGUUAAGCAUCUGGUGGUGCUGGUCAACAAAAUGGACGACCCGACCGUCAACUGGGACGUGGAGCGAUACAACGAAUGCAAGGACAAAAUCUUACCAUACCUCAAGAAACUAGGAUUUAAUCCACUCAAGGAUCUAACGUUUAUGCCGGUGUCCGGCAUCACCGGGCAGGGGCUGCGGGAGCGAAUCGAUGACUCCAUCUGCCCCUGGUACGAGGGACCGGCCUUUAUUCCGUUCAUCGACGAGCUGCCGUCGCUCAACCGCAAAACCGACGGCCCGUUCAUCAUGCCCAUCGUCGACAAGUACAAGGACAUGGGAACGGUGCUCAUGGGCAAGGUGGAAUCCGGCAUGGCGAAGAAGGGCACCAACCUGCUGGUGAUGCCCAACAGAACUCAAGUGUGUGUCGAUCAGCUAUGGUCCGACGACGAAGAGGUGACAUCCGUGGGGCCAGGUGAAAACGUCAAAAUCAAAGUUAAGGGCAUAGAGGAGGAGGACGUCUCGCCCGGGUUUGUCCUGUGUGACGCUUCCAAUCCGAUCAAGACGGGCAAGGUUUUCGACGCCCAGGUCGUCAUCCUAGAACACAAGUCAAUCAUUUGUGCGGGAUACUCGGCGGUGAUGCAUAUACACUGUGCGGCGGAGGAGAUUACUGUUAAGGCUCUUAUUUGUUUAGUAGAUAAGAAGACGGGAGAUAAGUCCAAGACAAGGCCGCGCUUUGUGAAACAGGAUCAGGUCGCCAUCAUGAGAAUUGAAUGCUCCGGAUUGAUAUGCUUAGAGCAGUUUAAACUAUUCCCUCAGAUGGGUCGCUUCACGCUUCGAGACGAAAACAAAACCAUUGCCAUUGGAAAGGUGCUGAAGGUUGUGGAGUAAACAAACCAAAAACAAAACUCCAACACAAUCUACGUUUUUUCAACGGCAGCGAUACGCAGUGUCUUUAAACCAUCCAACAGAAAACCAGCAAAGAGAGAGAGAGAGAGAAACACGUAACAUGUCUACACAUAGGCGGCCACACGAACGACUAAGCGCCACUGCGCCGCCACGGGCAUCAUCAGAAACCGUGCUGGUGUGCACCACACACGGCGCCGCACCGUUAAGCAAGAGACUAUUGCGCGGAUACUGUGGCCGCGCAGAGUAAUCAAUCAGCAUUUCCUCGUCUUGGCAACGAGUAUCACUUUUUUGUCGUCUUCUAUAUUGCUUUCGUUGCUGCUCCUCCUAUUUGGGCUUCGCUCUGUGUGCUCGAGCUUGUUCCUUCGCUCGUGUCCUUCCCGUGCCCCUGAGUAUUUUCUCGACAAUCCAUCCCGUAAACUACUAUUUCGAUGCCCUUUGGGUUAAACCAAGGAUGUGUCGGGGAGUGUGUGCGCUGUCCCUGUCCAACGGAAAAGCAUGGCGACGAAGGAAGAACUCGUAGCGGAACCACCGCCGCCGAUGGUGGCAUGUGUGAAUAGAGCGUUUUUUACACCCAGCCUAUUGUCCUUUUGCGAGUUGUUAAAGAAAACAAGCCACUGCAGCUUAUCACAGAACACAAACACACACACACACACGGAAACUAAUGCGCAUCAAUUGCUUGUGUGGGCGAUCAAGAGGGCGAAAACUCGGUAGGAAAUAGAUAAUGAAACACCACUGCUCUCACACAUUGUAGCUUACACACAGCAGACGCCAAACCAGAGAUAAGCGGCAGCACACACACACGCACACAAACACACAGACAAUGAGAACUCAGACACACAUCCCAACAGGCAAAACCAAUUGAUCGCCACCACGCGAUUGCGGACUGAAUGAAUUAUUGAAACAAAAACACUAGUAGCAUAAUAAAUGUGUGUAAAAAGGGAUCAUAACCAAAAGGGGGGAUGCGGUGCGAAAGGCGGGACGGAGGGACGGACCCUACCAAAACGGUGGUACGUCCCCAUUGCGCUCUCUGGGUGAAGGGCGAAGGGGCACACACACGAUACCAAUAACGCAUCGGAAACAAUAACUUUAAACAGAACCAUGUACAGGACGCCGUGCUACAUUUGCGCGUUUGCAAGUUUCGAGAAUGCAAUAAUUGUUGUGGGUGCCCCAACAAUAAUGUCCACAGGAGAGAGGCCACCAAGAAGGAAGGUGUGUGUGUGGUGUGUGUGGGUCACAGUUAACGGCAACCGAUGGAAGAACUCAACAAGGGCGGCCACCGUUAACAGCAGCAGCAGCAGGGUCGUAACUUUUAAAGUCGCUCGCCAUCGCCUGUUAGAAGAUCUAUUUCUUCGUCUUUUUGUUUCCUCUUCGUUUUACAAAUGUAUCGUCACGCGAGAAGCAUAGCAAACGCGCGCGCGUAAAGCGUUU